AUGCCAGUUGAGCAUCACUUGGCGACCAACAUCCAGCGCAACCGCCUGAUGAAAUAUGACUUGCAGAUGGCCAAACAGCUCCAGGAGGAGGAAGACCGGAAAGCCCAGACCCGGGUCCAUGAGCGGCACAAAGACAUAGCAACGCCACUGCCCUUCCUCCUCCUUCUCAAUCCUGUUCAGAAGGGGUCUCCCUUUGUGCUGCCCCUCCUCAGAGGGCAGAGACCACGGAUGGAGGGACCGUGGAUGGAGUCGGCCUGGGACACCAGCCUGGGCCUCUUGCGGGAUGAAGUGGAAGGAGAAGAGGAGGAAGCCUCAUCAUCCGAUGGGUUCUGCAGUUUGGAGACAACUCUGCAAGAGGAUCUGGGGACCAGUGACCAACUCUGCACACAGCUCUACAGAAACAAACAGCUUCAAGAUACCUUGCUCCAGAAGGAGGAGGAACUUGCCCGCUUGCAAGAGGAAAACAGCCACCUCCGGCAGUUCCUGAACUCUGCUCUGGUCAAGCAGUUGGAGGAAAAGACCAAGAAGUUACUUUUGCACAAUGGACAAAGCCCUCGUGGAGGCUGCGGAUCCCUCAAGCGGACCCUGAAGGCCGAGAUCCCCAUCCUUUCUGGAGCCCCCCACCCACCAAAGGCCCGGAAGAACCUCCUUGCAGAAUUCACUGCCUGCGAAGAAGAGUGGACCCCCGGCCCCUCCGUGGAGACCUGGGUCCUGCGAACCCUUGGCCUCAAAGACCUCAACACCAUCGAUGAUGGAUCAACGCCUUCUGCUUCAGAGAACGUUGAUGCCUGGACCCCAGAGCUUUUCCCUGGAGAUGCAACAGACUUGGGCAGCAAUGAUGGCCCACCAGAGGGGCAUACUUGCGCCACACUGCCUUCCACUGAAAGUGCCAAUGCCACAAUGGACAUGAUGCCCUUCUUACCACCGCUUCCUGCCAUGCCUUGCCAUCCCCUUCUGAACUCAAGCCCUGCUUCUCCCCUGCCCUGCUCUCCAGAGACCAUUUCCCUGGCCCAAACGGACAUGGCCUUCACUGCCUCCUUAAGCCCACAUUGCAAUGUGAGAACGCACACUUUCCGCCAGGGACAGGCCUUUGUGCGCAGGGAUGAAGAUGGCGGGUGGAAGCUCACAUGGGUCCCCAAGCAGCCAGAGUGA